GGCGUGGAUAGUUGCUACCAAAAUGACACAGGCUGACUUUGAAGUCUGGAAGGAGGCGGGACCAGGUACCUGGCGACCGCAUCGCCCAAGAAUAAUCAUAGUGGAGAAGGGCGAUGUACUCCUAAUGCCGCCAGGUGUCGCAAUCAUACAUGCUCCACUUACUUUGGAGACAUGUGUGAUGGAAGGAUCUAUGAUCUGGGAUAGGCAGCGUUUAGUAGAUAUACGACGGAAUUGUAUGUGGAUCGCUCAGAACGAGUCGGUGACUAACGAGCCCAGACUGGGUGAUCUGGAUAAUGUCUUGGCGACGGCGAUCGAGGACGAGGCUCGACGAGGAGACUCGGCAGGACGUUAGCAUACUCCAUUCCAGCGGAAGUGCACUACUAUGUGUUCGAUAUGAAAGCUAGAGCAUGAAAGCUGGUGAGUACAUACUGCGAGGAUAUGCAAGAGAAUCUGAACGCUUGCUAGAAGUCUACGUAGCCAGUGCGCCGGUCCGAGCAAUGAUUAUAUACUCGCUGUCAAGGCUACUGGAAGAAGAUAGCCUUGUGCCUCCUCGUGGUGCAGAGA